UUCCACUAUUGCUUCGUUUGGCAUGGACCUAACACACGACAAGGGACAAAAGUCCAACGUGGAAAUAGAACGAAAGUUUUUAGUAUUGUCAACGGAAUAUCGGGACAAGUCUGUGAGAAAGUAUACCAUCCGACAAGGAUACGUUUUCGCGUCAAAGGACAAAAGUGUUCGCGUGCGACUCACUGAUGAAGAAGCAUAUUUGACGAUAAAAGGUGAGACUCUUGGUCCCAAACGUAAAGAAUUUGAAUAUUCCAUCCCAACAACUGAUGCAGAACAACUGUUGAAUUCCCUCUGUUUGAAACCACUAAUUGAGAAAACUCGUUAUCUUGUGGAAGACAAAGGUUUUAUUUGGGAAGUGGACGAGUUUCUUGGUGAUAAUAUUGGGUUGGUGGUGGCAGAAGUUGAACUGAACGAUGAGCAGGUACACCUUGAACUUCCUGAUUGGGUUGGAAAGGAAGUAACAGAAGAUACUCGAUUUUACAACUCAGUUUUGUUUCAAAGUCCUUUUUGUUUUUGGCCUUUGGAAGAGCGACAGAAGAUACUGAGGACCAAAUAGAACAACUCGUUUCUGGAAAUGCUUUAUUUAAAAAAUUUCUUGACUUUGUAAGACAAAAAUUUUAC